AUGGUACAGAAGAAGAGGAUGGUACAGAAGAACAGGACAUUACGUAAGAAUAGGAUGUUAAAGAAGGACAGGACGUUACAGAAGAACAGGAUGUUACAGAAGAACAGGAUGUUACAGAGAAACAGGACUUUACAGAAGAACAGGAUGGAUGUUACAGGAGAACAGAAUGUUAAUGAAGAACAUAAUGUUAUAGAAGAACAGGAUGGUAAAGAAGAACGGAAUGAUACAGAAGAACAAGGUGUUACAGAAGAUCAGUACGUUACAGGAGAACAGAAUGUUAUAGGAGAAGAGGAAUUUACGGACGAACAGGACUUUACAGAUGAGCAGAAUGGUUCAGAAGAACAGGAUGGGGAUGUUACAAAAGAACAGGAUGGUAAAGAAAAACGGGAUGGUAUAGAAGAAAAGGACGUUACAGAAGAACAGGAUGUUACAGAGAAACAGGACUUUACAGAAGAACAGGAGGUACAGAAGAACAGGAUGUUACAGAGGAACAGGAUGGUAAAGAAAAACAGGAUGGUAAAGAAAAACAGGAUGGUACAGAAGAACAGGAAGUUACAGAAGUAUCAGACUUUAAAGGAGAACAGCAUAUUACAGGAUAACAGGGUGUUACAGAGAAACAGGAUGUUACAGAAGAACAUGAUGUUACAGAAGAAAAGGAUGAUAAAGAAGAACAGGAUGGAUUUUACAGAGGAACACGAUGUUACAGGAGAACAUGACGUUACACAAGAACAGGAUGGUAAAGAAGAACAGGAUGGUACAGAAAAACAGGAUGUCACAGAAGAACAGGACGUUACACUAGAACAGGAUGUUACAGGAGAACAGGAUGUUACAGAGGAACAGAACGUUACAGAAGAAAAUGAUGGUACAGAAGAACAGGAUGGCACAGAAGAACAGGACGUCAUAGAAGAACAGGAUGUUACAGAAAAACAGAAUGGUAUAGAAGAACAGGAUGUUACAGAAGAAAGGAUGGACUUUACAGAAGAACAGGAUGUUAUAGGAGAACAGAAUGUUACAGAGGAACUGGACGUUACAGAAGAAAAGGAUGGUACAGAAAAGCUGGAUGAGGAACAAGCCGUUAAAGGAGAACAGGAUGCUACAGAAGAACAGGAUGUUAUAGGAGAACAGGAUGUUUCAGAGGAACAGGAUGUUAUAGGGGAACAUGAUGUUACAGAAGAACAGGAUGUUACAGAGGAACAGGAUGUUAUAGGGGAACAUGAUGUUACAGAAGAACAGGAUGAAAAACAGGAUGUUACAGAGGAAAAGGAUGUUACAGGAGAACAGAAUGUUAUACAAGAACAGGAUGUUAUAGGAGAACAGGAUGUUACAGGAAAAAAGGAUGUUACAGAGAAACAGGAUGUUAUAGGAGAACAUGAGAUUACAGAAGAACAGAAUGAAAAACAGGAUGUUAUAGGAGAACAUGAUGCUACAGAGGAACAGGAUGUUACAGAAAAACCUGACGUUACAGAAGAACAGGAUGAUUUAGAGGAACAGUAUGUUACAGAAGAACAGGACGAUACAGAAGAACAGGAUAUUACAGUAGAACAUGAUGUUACAGAGGAACAGGACUUUACAGAAGACCAGGAUGGUACAGAAGAACAGGAUGAACUGCAUGGUAAAGAAGAACAGGAUAGUACAGAAGAACAGGACAUUAAAGAAGAACAUGAUGUUAUAGGAGAACAGGAUGUUACAGGAGAACUGUAUGUUAUUGGAGAACAGGAUGUUACAGAGGAACAGGAUGUUUCAGUAGAAAAGGAUAGUACAGAAGAACAGGACAUUUCAGAAGAACAAGAAGUUACAGAAGAACAGGACUUUACAGAAGAACAGAAUGUCACAGAAGAAGAGCAUAUAAUUGGAGAACAUGAUGUUACAUGA